AUGUCUUUUGGCAGACUAUAUGGUUUUCAUGGCAAUUCCCGUUCCACUGUUCUCUUGACCAUUGCCAAAGAGAACAAUCUUGACAUUAAGUUUGUAGAAAUUGAACCUCCGCAAGUUAGCCCCGAGUACCUCAAAUUGAACCCACUCGGGCGAGUGCCUACUUUCGUUGGCAGUGAUGGCUUCGUACUAACUGAGGUCAUGGCUAUAGCAAUUUAUCUUACAUCACAGGUUGAGAAUACAACCCUUCUGGGCAGCGGCAAACAGGACCUUGCAUCUAUCAUCCGAUGGAUGUCAUUCGCUAAUAGUGAAAUCCUACCUAAGCUCGGUGGGUGGUUCCGACCAUUUAUUGGUAAAGACACUUUCAACAAAGCUCGCGUCGAAGAGUCCAAGAAGGCGGCUUUGACAGCCCUUCGAGCCCUUGAGCAGCAUCUCCAGCACCGUUCGUUUCUUGUAGGAGAUAGUCUUACCCUGGCAGACUUCUUUACUGCUUCUUUGGUAUCCCGGGGAUUCAUGUACGUGCUCGACAAAGCUUGGAGCUUUGAGAACCCAAACACCACUCGGUGGUACAAAAACAUCACAAGUCAUCGUAGCUGGAAGGCAGUGGUGCCUUUCUCGGAAAUGAUUGACGUGGCUCUCCAAUAUCCUCUGAUAGAUCGAGAGGAUAAACCGACUUUUGCUAAGAUUGCGAGAAGCACCUGA